AGGAGCCCGGCCAAGGAAGAGAGGAGCCCGGCGAAGAAGGAGAGGAGCCCGGCCAAGGAAGAGAGGAGCCCGGCGAAGAAGGAGAGGAGCCCGGCCAAGGAGGAGAGGAGCCCGGCCAAGGAGGAGAGGAGCCCGGCCAAGAAAGAGAGGAGCCCGGGGAAGGAGGAGAGGAGCCCGGCGAAGGAG